AUGACCAUGGAGCGCACCCUACCGGCAGAUUGGCGACGUGAUGAUGCUCCAGGGGCAGAACUCACAAAUUCGACUUUAAAGCAACGGUGUGCAGCGCGCAACCUUUCAGUCCAGGGCGGCCGUUCGGAGAUGAUAGAGCGACUGGAUCAUCAUCAAAAGGUCUCCGGCACUGCUCACAGACUGAGGUCCUGGCGAAAUCAACCGAGCGAUGAUUUCAGCUCCAAAUUUUAUGUCCUCCGCUAUGUCCUCAACUGCCCCGAGCCUCUCCGUUGGCAACGGUCCUUCCUCCCCACUGAGCUCGAGGACAUUUACCGCCACAGCAACGUCGUUAGCACCCGGCUUCUUACUAAAUGCAACGACCAGAAUCCUCUCUGUGCUUUGUGCUUCAAGGUCGUUGUCCCCACAGAAGGGCAUUCGACCUGUUGCGUCACGUGCGGAAGAACUAUGCACACCGAAUGUGUGGGUGUUGCACAGAAAGCGAGAGCACUGACCAAGGAAGAGAACUGCUGGAGAUGCGAGGACAAGAAUCAAUGGGGUCUCCGUAUCGUCAAAUACUGUGAGCCUGGACAAGUCAAGUAUCCUCCGGUUGUCCCUGGUACCCAAGCUGCCCCUCAGACACUACCGGGACCAGGUGGAAAUACCGCUCAGCAGUCAAACGAGCGCACGGAAAGCGGCGCUGUUGCCACCGAAGACUUCGGCUCUUCAUGCGGCGAACACUCAGGUCAACAGGCCAACAAUCCUCCUUCUAUCAGCGCUGAUCCUGCCUUUCGUACCGCAGCUUCUGCUGCUACUCCCGAUCCUGCUCUAGCUUUGACUUCUGGUACUGCUUCCGUCGAACAUCCCGUUUCGACCACCAUGAACGCCAACAGCAGCGACAGGGACUCAGCCGAACUAGUCCAAGAUCGCAACCAUAUGGCAAAGCAAUUAGCUGAGAUGCGGAAGCGGGCCAAGCGCAAGCAUCAGAAACUCAACAAGAAGCAUAAAAAGGAGAUCAAAAAUCUCAGAAAGAAGAGCAAGCGAGCGCUCGAGAGACUGAUGAAGAGAAGCAAUGAGCUUGAGGAGAAAGCAAGAGGCUUGCGUGGGGAGAGAGAAGGCUGUGAUGAUGCCUGA